AAUGAACGUCGUUUUCACCCCUUCCCCUACUUUACAAACUUACAGGGCGGAAAAGAUUUAUGAGAACUACAACCAAUUCCGUGCCAUAAUUGAAUAUAAUGGAGACAUCCGAUGGGAACCUGGGGGAGUCUUUCAGACAAUGUGUCCAAUUGAUAUUACAUUUUAUCCUUUCGAUGAACAAGUGUGCUAUAUGGUUUUUGGCGCAUGGUCGUAUCAUACUUCAAAAAUGAAUCUCACUUCUGGUACAAAUAUCAUCAAUCUGGAUUCAUAUAAAGGAAAUGGAGAAUGGCAAAUAUUAAACACGUCAGCAAAACGUCAAGAAUUUAAUUACGAAUGCUGUCCGGAAGAGCGCUUUUCCAACGUUGCCUUCAAAGUUCACCUUCGCCGACGGCACAUCUUUUACAUAAUGAAUAUCAUCCUACCUUCAAUUCUUACAAGCGUGCUACUAUUAUCCAUAUUCUUUUGUACUCCUGGACAAAAAGUGCAGAUUGGGGUUGUCGUUUUACUAUCUUUUCGAAUAUUUCUAUUGAACGUGGCGGGAAAUAUACCAAAGACCUCGGAUCAUAUUCCACUUUUAGGCAUAUAUUUGACUUGCACGAUGGCUAUAACGACGUUAUCUAUGGUUCUCACCGUACUAGUUCUUAAUCUUCAUUUUAUUACGGAUAGACCAGUUCCUGAUUGGGUUACAACAGUGGUCAUUCGUUACAUAGGUCGAAUAUUUGGUCCUUGCGAGAAAGAUCCAGAGAAGAAGGCCAAAGUUAGAAAUCGACGUCAUACAAGAAAUUUAAUACCAUUUAGGAAAGCCAAUAUCCGGCUGACUUCAACAGGAUCGGAUUGCGACGAGGCUACAGUCAUAGAAUUGCAACAACUGGAUGGUAACGUCUCCGAAACUCAGAAUUCACCAAUUAGGACAAAUCAGAUUAAUUAUCAAAACCAAUGUAGUAGUUGUAGUAGCUACCAAAAAUCGGACGAGGAAGAGAAAAAGAAAGAAGCAGAACGGAAUGCUAAAGAUUGGAAAAAUGUUGCCGAAACUAUGGACAGACUGUUCUUUUGGUUGUUCCUCUGUGCAAUUUUUAUAUCAACGUUGGUUCUCUUUCAUCCGUUGACUGAUAAAUAUAUACGUCAGACUACAAUAUCGCAAAAUUACUAAUCAACUUGAAGAAAAAAAAGAAGCAAUUUGUAUAUACAUGAACUUUACAGUUCUCAUUGCGGUAUUUCUUUUUUUCUAAGUAAAACGAUAUGUGCUUUUCUAUAAAAAAAAUAAUAUAUCUGACGUAAGUGACAUGGGGAAAGACACAAACAUUCACAGAGCUAUCCACCGUGAAGAGAAAAGUAGGAAUAAAAGCGUCAAGGAAAAAAAAUUCAUCAAAUCUCUGUCUCUGCCACCAUUUGUGAGUCAAUUGACAGAAUAUCAGAGUCUAAUUGAUGAUUGUAACUAGUAUCUACUAAAGACACGUCCUCUUGCUUUUUAAAACAUUGACUUGAGAUGAAGAAUUUUCCUGUUUUUCUCUUUAAUUUUUGUUGAUGCUUAUUCUAAGGGAAAGCGAAUAAUGACGCUCAAAUAAUAACACAGCUACUAACAGCAAAUAUAUUGCUCGUUGGUAUUCCACUCUCAUGUAGACUAGAAUCCUUUGAUUUCAUUGUUUCGCCGAUGUUUAAUACACCUAAAGUGUUUUUGGCGUUGCUUUGCCAACUCAACAGUUUUUCAUGCUGCAUUUUGUAAUUUUAAGUAUGUUCUGAGAAUUGUUAUUAGUGUAGACCUCCGUUGAUGAAAAUUGAUUGCUAUUGGAGCACUUUAUUGAAACCCAUUAUUUUAACAGAAUUUACUAUCGUAGAACAUGUCAUGGAUUCUAGGCAUCCUCCCUCUGACUGAAAGGUUGCUAAAGAGAACUAUUAUAUUUCGCAAGCUUUUCCUCUCUAUCCCUUAAAAUCAAUAGCUAAAUUACCCAGUUUUACAUAGCAAUUUCAACAAAAUCUAUGAAAAAUUUUUCAAUUAUCCUCAAGUUAUAACGUAAAAAAAAAUGUCAUUUUAACGAUGUCCAAUUGUUAAAUCCAAUAAUUACUGAACUGUCACCGUUAAUUGAAACUAACAAUUCUCCAAACGCCAAAGUCUGGUAAUCCGCUAUGAUUUUAAAUUGAUUAGAUAUAGAAUAUAAUUCAAUUAUAUUUAGAGAAUUAGAUAAACUGUAAGCAAGAAAAUUCCAUAGAUUUCCUAUACAGUCAGUAUAUUUCAUAUAUUUCAGUCUAUUAAAUAAAUUUUGUCGAUAGCUUAUGGAGUCCCAAUAACCAACCAAUAAUCUAUUCAAUUCUAAAUAUUCUAAGCAAUCGGCAGACCUGGAAUCGUUGAUUACUUUGAAUGCCUAAUCUAUAGGUGAUAAAAGGAAUCAUCGACUAUUAUUCUUUUUACACAGCAAUUAACGAAAGACGUUUGUCUAAAGUGAAUUGAUUGCAAACGUGCAGAUAUUGAAUAAAUGAGUUAGAGGCAGCCGCAAAGUAAGACAGAAGAAUUUAGGUAAAGGCCAUUAGCAAUUCUCGAAACACUGCUCUGUAUAAGUUUAUCUUUGAUGUAAGUACCCUAAACAAUGAUUUAGUGAAUUCAAGGUUUUGAAUCCAUAGCUUUCAAAUACUGAAAAGCUAUGAAUUGAAAGUACUGUCCAGUUUUCAUGUUUAUGAAUGCUUUCAAUGAUGCUUGGUAAUAAUCUAUAAGAGUGCAACUUUGCCACGGCUCAAACCAGUUAGAGUCAAAAAACUUGAACGAAAAGUUUACUCCUCCAAACAGUAACAUGCUGAUCAAUAGAAAAGAUCGAAAUCCAUUAAAAUCUGCUAAGUAGAAAAACUAUCCAAUAUGAUUUUAUAUUCUCAAUCUCGAUCAUAUCAAUAAAAGUUGUUCGGUCAGCCCAAAUUCAUUUAUCCGUCCAAUAAUUCAAUUUCAAACGAAUGUUCAAUGAUAAACAAUCCGGUUCCAAAGAGUUGAUUUAUCGAUAGGUAACAUUUAUCAUAUAAACCAUAGCAGUUCUUACAGGAAAUAUAUCUUAUUACUACUAAUAAAAGAAUUGUUUAACUAUUAUGAAAAAACAUUCUGUUUCUUUGUUUUAGACAUUUAAAAAGUAUUAAAAAAAAAAGUAACGAAAAGUAUGAACUACAAAAUUUAAAAAAAUGAAAAAGAAAAAGGAGUAUUUCAAAAAAAAAAGGAAAAAAAACUCACUACAAAUGUUAUUUUGUGUAGGACUAUUCAUCUUCCAAAUGACAUUUCCUAAAAAUAUUAUUAACAU